AUGGGAAUUCUUAAUCAGGACCAGUUCCUGGAAAAAGUCAAAUCGUUCGUAUCUAAUGGCCACAGACCUCAGAACUCAAUAUGGCUUACAGUCAAAUCUAGUGUGGUCGGUAGUAAGCAGUACGCAAUGAUUCGAGCUAAGACAAGUUCCAAACGGUAUUCGACAUUGGUGGCGAAGGAGGAUGUGGAAAAAUUCAUCAAAGGAUUAUCAGAUCUGUUUGUUGAAUUGGAGAAGCACUUGCGAAAAAUACACGUGGCAAAACCAGGACGGAAACGCGUCAAUCAAAUACGCAUUUUGCGCAAGAGCCGACAGGAGAUGAAAGACUCCGAUACAGAGGAGGACGAGGAGCCUGCUUCACCAACUGACGCCUAA